AUGAAACUACCAAUUAUUCUUAUUGCGGUGAUAUCAUUCGCGUGGGUAAAAACGGAAAAUGUAGAGAGAACUGUUCGCGCGCCGCAAGAGCAAAUCAAGUAUGCUGAUAGUGACGAUUCGAGGGUCAAUUCGGAGUACCUCGCGCUCCGAAGCCUGCAGUUACAGCAGGCGUACGCUCAGCGGUCUCAGCGUGCCGAGGGUGGUUCGCCCCUUCGUCUUCGACAAGCCCAACAACCGGUCGCGCGGCCUCAGCCUCAGCAAGCCCAACAGCAGGUCCAAGGUCCGCAGUAUUACAGCUACAAGCCGUAUUCGGCGGUGCCGAGUCACAUUAAACAGCUGAUCGAUUCGGUUUAUCAGCCGCAAGCUCCUUACGUUGAUCCUACGUCUUUCAUUUACGGCGGCAAUUAUUUUGCGGCGGCACCGAAGCAACGUGAGCAACCGGCACCUGCCGCUUCUGAAUAUCCUCGUGAAGCCUAUUUACAACCGGCGGAGAGAUAUCAGUCAAUCGAUCCUCAAAGAGCGCAGCCCAGGUACGAGUACAGCGAUAGAAGAGUGGAGCGUCAAGAUAGAGUCCUUUAUAAGGAGGAUUACGAGCAACAGCAACAACAGCAACAACAGCAACAGCAGCAGCAACAGCAACAGAUUGUAGCGUUUCCAUUAGCAGCCGUACCAGAAUCUCCAAUGCCCACUCUAUAUUUAGACAGGAACAUGCCUACAGAGAUCAAGCAGUUGCUGAAAUAUCAGGCACAGAUACCGUAUGACGUUACAGCGAAUCGCAUUCACUACACACCGAAAAGCGUUUUCGUUCCCAAGCCGUUGCCCGACGAUGUCAAGGGACCCUAUUAUUACCGUAGUAAGAUCUACUAUCCAAACGAUGAUAACUUUGACGCAGAAUAUUCGCAGAACAAGCCGGUCGAUGAGGAACAGCGCCAUUGACCGAAAAUUGGUCUACUAUAUAAUACGAUUAUAUAAUUUAAUAUUCUAUUUCUUGAUAACCUUUGAAGAAAACUUGGCUGACUCUAAGAUUCUUUCGAGAAUCUCAUUCUCAUACGACGAAAUAGCUUUCAGUUUUUGAUGUUAUCAAGAUUUCGUUAAAAUAAAUUUCUUACGUUUUAAAUUAUUGUACUGCUUCUCGAGAUAACGAUGUAUGUUUUGUACUACCGUGUAUGAUAUUUGUCAGCAAUCGGCUCACUGCAGAAUUUUUCUUGAAGGACCAAAAAUGAAUGAAUGUCCGCUUGACAAUUAGAAUUAAAUAUACUAAUUACAAAAAACUAU